AGAAUCUUCCUUGGUCACCUUUUUUUGGGUUUAUUAUUCCCAGAAAUCUCAAGAACUAAAAAGACACAUAAGCAAGCAGGGAAUAACAGUAUAUAUAGAUACAAAUAUAUACAUAAACACAAAUUAUUAAUAAGAAAUAUAAAGUUGUGAAUAUAAUAUUUAUUAAUCUUUUUAGAACAAGGUAACAUGUUUAGUUUUGAGUUUUUAAUACCCGAAUCUUUUGGGCAAAAAGUCUUAUGCAAGCCCAUUUGUUUUGAUUUUGAAAAACUAUGUAAUUAAAUGUGAUGUGAUACUAAAAAAAAGACUCAUUUUUUGUUUUUGUUUUUAAUUUAAUUUUUUACUUUUUGAUUUAUUUGAAGAUGGAUGAUAUGGUUUGUUUUUUCUUUGUUAUUUCACGUUUGUCAAAAAAAUAGAUAUAUGAAUGAAAAGAUCAUAUCAAUAUAAAAGAGAGAUUUUAUUAAUGUAGUAGUGUUUUGAUUUUUGUUUUUGACCCAAUUGAGUAUAGAAACUGUAGUAAAAAAAACUGACACUUUCUCUGCACAAAAGUUAGAGUCUUUUGAUUGAUUGUUGUCAAUUUCAACAAACAUUUACUAGUAGCCAUAUUUUCAAUUUAUUUAUUGCGAGUCUUAUUUUGUGGAUGAUUUUUAUUUCAUUUACUUUUUUUUUUUUUGGGUUUUUGGUUCGGUGCGUGAGAUAGAUUUUUAUUAGAGAAAGAAAGAUGUGUCCUUUCAAGUUUUGUUCAGAUUUCUUUAUUACUACUAGUCCUAUUUAGGGUUUCUUUAACUUUACCCUCUUAUAUAUUCUUUUUUGGGUAUCUUGUUUUCGAUUGUUGGUUUUUGGGUCUCUUCUUUCACUAAUUUCUUGAUUUUGCUUCUUUUAACCCCAUUUAGCUGCUGCUAGAUUUAUUGUUCUUACCAUCUGGGUUUGUGGGUAUUCUUCAAUUUUUAGAGGUCUUCUCUUGUUUUGGGUGGAGGAAAUUUUUGUGGCGUGAAAUUGUUAUUCUAGGAUCAAUAGGUAUACUGCAAAUUUUAGGGUUUUGGUUUUUGAUUUGAUCGUUGGGAGGCAUUGGUGCAAUUAGUUAUCCCUGUUAGGGAAAGAAAGUGUUUUUAUUUCUUGAGAAGAUAUUGAGGGGUCUUGGCAUGUAUGCAUGAUGUUUCAUGCUCAAGGUCCUUCAAGGAAUCAUUGCAGUCUGCUUGCAGUGCUCUGUGGCAAAACCAUUGAUAAUAAGCGGAAGCAGCCUCUUCCUGGUGAUAAACCCAGAUACCCUUUCCCUGAGCUUGCUUCUUCAGGGCGUCUUGAGGUCCAGAUACUGAGUAGUCCAAGCACUGACGAAUUCCGGCGAGUGCUUCAGUCAUCAGAGCCCAAUAUUGUAUACUUGCAAGGAGAAAUAAUUGAAGAUAGUGAAGAAAUUGGUUCUCUCAGAUGGGCAGGUGCUGACCUGUCCACUCCAGAUGCCUUAUGUGAAUUAUUUGGUUCCACAUUGCCUCCCACUGUUUAUUUAGAGAUUCCAAAUGGUGAAAAACUGGCAGAGGCACUUCACUCCAAGGGAGUUCCAUAUGUUAUAUAUUGGAAAAGUACAUUUUCAUGUUAUGCAGCUGCUCACUUUCGUCAAGCUCUAUUGUCAGUGGUACAAAGUUCUUGCAGCCAUACUUGUGAUGCAUUCCAACUUGCUCAUGCAUCUUUUAGUCUUUACUGUGUAAGAAACAACACUGGCCUAUCUUCUAAUAACCAGAAAGUUGGUGGUAAACCGGGACCAAGGUUGCUUGGGGAGCCACCAAAGAUUGACAUUACGCUGCCUGAGGCAGAUGUUCAGGAUGAGGAAAGUUCUUCUGGGACUCUUCCUGCUAUAAAGAUAUAUGACGAUGAUGUGACCAUGAGGUUUCUUGUUUGUGAGCUUCCAUCCACCUUGGAUGCUUGUUUGUUGGGAUCCUUGGAGGAUGGACUAAAUGCUCUCUUGAACAUCGAAAUUCGUGGGAGUAAACUUCAUAAUCGUACUAGUGCGCCACCACCUCCACUUCAGGCAGGGACAUUUUCUCGUGGUGUCGUGACCAUGCGAUGUGAUUUAUCUACCUGUAGUUCAGCUCAUAUAUCUCUUUUAGUUUCUGGCAGUGCACAGGCCUGUUUUAAUGAUCAGCUUUUGGAGAAUCAUAUCAAGAAUGAGCUUAUUGAGAACAGUCAGCUAGUCCAUGCAUUACCUAGCUCUGAAGAAAGCAAAUUGUUGACUUCUGAGCCUCGAAAGUCCGCAUCUAUAGGAUGUGGGGCAAGUGUUUUUGAAGUUUGCUUGAAGGUUCCUUCAUGGGCUUCACAGGUGUUGCGGCAACUUGCUCCAGAUGUGUCUUACCGGAGCUUAGUUAUGCUGGGAAUUGCUAGCAUUCAAGGACUGUCUGUGGCUUCUUUUGAAAAAGAAGACACGGAACGUCUCCUUUUCUUUUGUACAAGGCAAGGCAAAGAGCUCUACCCAAAUAACUCUAUUAUCAUUAAGCCUCCUUGCUGGUUGAUACCCCCUGCACCAAGUCGAAAAAGAUCUGAACCAUGCAGAGAAACUAAACUGUUCACUUCUAAGGGCCUUGAACGUGAAAAUGGAGGAAGUGUCAAACAAAAACUGAAUGUUGCUGCAAUGAGGCCAAUUCCUCACACUCGGCAUCAUAAGAUGUUGCCUUUUUCUGGAUUUGCUGAGGGUGAAAGAUAUGAUGGUGAUCAAGGGAAGCCUAGUUUGCCAGUUGCUCCUGCAAAGCAUGGUGUAGUUGGCCCAGCUCCUGUAUCACAUCGGAAAUCUCUGUCAAGCUCUUAUCAGGCUCAACAGAUUAUUUCCUUAAAUCCACUACCCCUGAAGAAACAUGGCUGUGGUAGAGCACCUAUACAAGCUUGCUCAGAGGAAGAAUUUUUGAGGGAUGUGAUGCAGUUUCUGAUCCUUCGAGGGCACACUCGCCUGGUUCCUCAAGGUGGACUGGCUGAGUUUCCUGAUGCAAUCCUUAAUGCUAAACGUCUCGACCUUUUCAACUUGUACAGAGAAGUUGUUUCAAGAGGAGGUUUUCAUGUUGGGAAUGGCAUCAAUUGGAAAGGACAGGUUUUCUCAAAGAUGCGCAAUCAUACAUUGACCAAUAGAAUGACUGGAGUUGGAAAUACGUUGAAGAGGCAUUAUGAAACAUACCUUUUAGAAUAUGAAUUGGCACAUGAUGACGUAGAUGGAGAAUGCUGCUUGUUGUGUCACAGUAGCGCAGCUGGUGAUUGGGUGAACUGUGGAAUUUGUGGUGAGUGGGCUCACUUUGGCUGUGACAGGAGGCAGGGGCUUGGCGCCUUUAAGGACUAUGCCAAGACAGAUGGACUGGAGUACAUUUGUCCACACUGCAGCAUUGCAAAUUUCAGAAAGAAAUCCCAGAAAACAGCUAAUGGAUAUUAACAAGCCUUGAGGCCCUCGACUCUCAUUCUACUCUCAAAUCUUUUUGUUUUGUUUAAUUUCUUCUUAUUUCCUAUAUGAAAAAGCACGAGAAGUAGGAAUGUAAUUAUUGUAUUCUAUCCCCCAUUGUUGUUUCCAUAUAGGUUAGGCCAUUAACAUGGUCCCCUCAAUUUUUUUUCCCUACAUCUUACCUGUACUCUGGAAAGAGCCAUCUCGAGGAAGAGUAAUUGUAGAAUAUAAUUUUAUUUCUUUUUUAAAAUUUAAUUUAGUGAGGUA